GCUUCCACUCUUCCCCCUUAACCCCCCCUCUCUUUAUUUUGUUGCUUCUUCAUUCUUGGUAUGUAUUAGAAGAGGUAUGUCGGAAAAGGCUGGCCAGCACCGGAGGAGGGCGUCACAAACUGCGUUUGUGUCCUUUGAUGACCUGUCUGAUCCUGUCUCUGACAAUGUUGUGGAUAAACCUACAUCCUCCAGCCAGGUAUUACCAGAACAGAUUCAUGUGCCUUUACAAGGGAAGACCAUCGUCAAAUCAAAAGUAUUGGUCAAAGGAGAAAGCCUCUCAGAAUCAUGGUAAAAAGAACUUCAAAUCCAAUUCAACUUUGGCAAAAUGGGCAUUUUCCCUAACUUAACAAGUAACUCAACAAAUCAAGUGAUAAAUGAUCCCAUGCUGAAAAAGACUUUCCAAAAACUAUAAAGUAGAAGACAAAUGUAACAUAGAAAAUGAAUUACGUGUUCGUCU